AUGUCCACAAUUCCUGAACUCUACAACGAAAAGUGCCAUUGUGCUGGAUGUAGUCAGAACGAUCUUGGCUAUAGUUUUGUUGCUAGAAGAACUGCUCAACGUCAUAACAAAAGAGCAAGACUAAAUGCCAUAAGAUGUGAAAGGGACAUGUCUACCCAAAGAAAUAUGAUGGAGGUCGAUGAUGAAUAUAAGAUAUUAACCAAGUGUUAUAUUCUAAAUGUAUCUAUCUUAACCCAUCAACCCGGAGCCCUGGAAGAAUCGUACACUCAGACAAACUCACCUGUUUGGGAAGGAGCUUCAAUGUCUGACACUGAAGACGUUUCCGUUACUAAUGAUGCGAUCAGCAAUGGCAACAAUGAUGACAGUGGAAGCAACAGCAAUGAAAUCAGUGAAGACGAAAGCGAAGACAAUGUUAUUGAGCUUGACAACAAUGAAUUGAAUAGUGAAGACCCUUUUGCCACUCCCGAUAUGCCCCAGAACCCAGUGCACAGGUUCAUUGCUACUUUUGUGGUGAUGUUCGCUUCCCGCUAUGUGGUUGACAAGGGUGCCAUUGCCUUGAUCGAGUUCAUCAACAAGCUUUUGACAAUUUAUGAGCAGGAUUUCCAACUGCCCUUGAGCCUUCCUGGUCUUCAGCGCAUGACAGGUUUCUCAGCCAUGACCAAAGGCAUAAAGAAAUUUGUUGUGUGUCAGGAUUGUCACAAGGUGUACAAAGAAAGUGCAUCUGUCCCGUCUCAUUGCAAUUUCGUAAAGCUUGGUGCACACUCGUCUUGCAACUGCCAAUUGACAAAAACAUCAGCAUCGGGUGCUUUGGUAGCCAAGUGUUCAUACUUGUACCAAUUGAUGAAUCAUUGGAUCAAAGACGAAGACAUUCAAGAUGGUGAUUUUGCAGUAAUGCAGAAGACUGCAGAAACAAUGAUUGUGCCUGGUGAAUACACCUCUUUGAACUCGAAAAUAGGAAAGCAGUUUUCGUAUAUGAAGGCAGAUGAGUGGAAGUCAUGGGUGCUCGUAUACUCACCAGUUCUGUUGAAAGAUGUUCUUGCAAAAGACAGAUUCAAAAACUGGAUUAACUUUGUUGAUGCAUGCCGCCUGUUGAUUAAGCCAACAAUCACGUUCGAUGAAGUCAACACUGCCCAUCAGUUCCUUCAAACUUUUUGCACCAGAUGUGACGAGCUGUACAACGCCAAAAUCCUCAUCUGUAAUAUGCACCUACACCUCCAUCUUCGAGAUACAUUUCGUGAUUUUGGACCAGUGUACGGUUAUUGGCUAUUUGGGUUCAAGCGGUUUAAUGGGUUGUUAAAAAUUUUGAAGACAAACAGGAAGAUUGGGUUUGAAGAAACAUUUAUGAAGAAAUUUAUUGAAGAUGUGCACAAAGACGAUCUUGUCAACAGUUUCCUUCAGAGUACCCGCCAGACAUCUGCAUUUCCUCUCCUUACCAAACCCACUUCUUCCUUUACACCCGCCACCAUUCCAUCCAUCCGUCAACAUACCUUCCGCAUACAGUCAUUUGUCGAGGCUUCUGAAGAUCCAAAUGUACUUGUAAAAGGCAACGAACCUCUCCCUCCUUCCACAUUCCCUCUAUCAUUAAAAUCCGCUACCACAAUGAGUGACAUUCACUAUGUUCAUCUCUUACAAUACUACAAAGUUGUGUACAACAAUGAACAAUUAGUUCACUUUCAACAAGUGUUGGAAUCACCAUACUUUGUUGACAAUACAAUCACCCUGUUGAAAUACAUCAACAUCCUUGGGCAGGUCUACAAGGGUAAAGGUGAAUCUGGAAGUCGUGGCUCUCUUGUACAAGCAAAGUUCAUUGGAAGUACUGGUGAGCAUAUCAUUGCAUACACGGGUCAAAUACAGUACAUUUUCAUCCAUUCUUUCACUCCUCCACCCACCUCUUCAUCCCUUACUCCCUUGCUCCGCACCCAUUGCCGCCCAACACAACUUCUUCACAAUUCUCAACAUACUUUUGCAUUUAUCAAAUGGUACACACCCAAAAAUGAUAAAUCGCGAGAGUACGAACACGUUGAAACCUGCUUUCCAACAUUUUCUCCUGACGAUUUCCAAUGUGUAUUGCCAGUGCAUAGAAUUAUGUUAGAAGUAGCAACUGCUGAGCACACAACACGCAGAAAAGUAAAAAAGAUGCUGGUCAUUCCUUUGCCAAAAAAACAAUAUAUUUAA